AUGGAUUCUAUAACUGUUGCUAAAUCAUCUGGAGUUGAUAUAAAUUUUCUAUCCACCACAAGAUCAUAUGAUAAAAUUUGUGUUUGUUUGUGCAAGGAAAAUGACAGAAUCAGUAAAAUUAAUUCUAAAAUACCAGGUCCUAAAGGUUUACCAAUUGUUGGUAAUAUUUUAAAUGUUAGAGGUAAAAGACAUUUGAAAUACCAACAGUACUUUAGAGAGCAUGGGCCUGUAUUUAGAAUUAAAGCAGGUGUAGUUGAAAGAGUAGUUUUAACAGGGUAUCCAAUUUUAAAAGAGGCUUUUGUUGAUCAUGCUGAUAUUUUUAAAUCAAGGUUUGUUAAAAAGAAAAUGUUUUUGGCUAAUUUGUACUCUUUAAAUAACUUUUCGGGUAUUAUCAGUGCUAAUGGAGACUACCAUAAAAAUUUAAAGUCGGUUAUUUUAUCAGAACUAACAGCAACUAAAAUCAAGAAAAUGGAGGUGCAUAUAAAUGAAGAGUCAAAAAGGUUAUGCGAACUAUUAGAAAAGCGUGCAAAUGAAGGUAAAGAGUUUGUAAUGAAUAAAUAUUUUAAUUUAUUUUCAAUUAAUAUUAUUUUAAGGUUUUUAUUUGGUAUUAAUGUUCCAUAUGAUGAUUUAAAUGAAUCGAGUGUGGAGGUAAUUGAAGUUAUCCAGAGAUUCUUUAAGCUGUCGAGUGCUCCUUUGCUAUCUGACUAUCUUGGUGUUCCACAUCCAUUUCCAGAACGUCCACCUGAAUUUUUUAAAUGCUAUCGUAAACUUGCAAAGCAUAUUACUGAAAUGAUCGAAAACUAUAAGACAAACAGAGAUGGUGCUGGUGAUGAAGAGCAUGGUCCAAUUAUUGAAAAAUUAUUGAUAGAGUUGGAAAAAGGUAAUAUCUCUAAACUAGGUCUAUUGGCGAUUUGUGUUGAACUGUUGAUUGCUGGUGCUGAUACUGUUGGUCAAACUUUGAUGUUUUCAACUAUUGCUAUGAUAAAUAAUCAAUCAAUCCAAGAGAAACUAUACCAAACUUUGAAUGCUGCAAUUCCACCAAAUGAAGAUUAUUCGUAUAGUAAAUAUAAGUUGACAAUUCCAUAUCUUUCGUUGGUUGUAAAAGAGACGUUUAGAAAGUAUCCUGCUGGUGUAUUGGGUUUACCACACAUGACUACUGAAGAUGUUGUUAUUGGCGGCCACACAAUUGCUAAAGGUACACAAAUCAUUCAAAAUCUUUAUGCAUCUCAUCGAUCUGAAGAGUUUUGGAAUCAACCUGAUGACUUUAUACCUGAACGUUUUCUUGAAAAGGAUGUUACUGCACUACAUCAAUUUGCAGUUGGACCUAGAAAUUGUUUGGGUAGUGCGUUGGCUGAAUGUGAAGUUACAUCUGCAAUUGCUACAUUGAUUAGAAAUUUUAAUUUUAUUAAUCCAAAUCCAACACAACCACUUAAUGAUGAAGGUGAUUUUAGUGUAUCUAUGGUAGCUCCACAAACUAAACUAUUAGUAAAAAAAAGAUAUAAUCUUGCUUUCUAA